AUGUACAUGGCAAUCCUGUCGUCCUGUCUAGAUGAGAUCGUGACCAACCAACAGCGAGUUAAUCUUGGUCCCCCCCCCCAAUAUCGCAAGCAAUUCUCCCCCAAGAUCCGCGGCCUCGAUUCCUGCUGCUCCCGAGCUACGACGUCAGUAGCUGUCAAAGGCCCGCAAACCGCUCUCAAUUGGCAUCGCCUGCCAGACCGCAAGCUUCCAGAUCUCUACGAUGAGUUUGAGAUAGCACCCAAACGAAAGCACAAAGACGACGCGCCCGCUGAAACCCCCCCGCGGCAUCGCAAUUGCCGCCUCGACGUCGCCUUUUCGAGACAUGCCACAGCCAUGACAGCCAGGCCAGCUACCGAGGUGGAGAAAGGGCUUCGAGAGCCGCAAAACCAGAACCAGAACCCAGACCAUGAUCGCGUUGAAGUGCUCUGGGCUCAGCUGGGGCCAUGUGCGAAUGGAGAGUUGGACCUGAAGGGCCUGCAGAAGGGCUUUCGGAAGAUAGACCAUCCGCUCAAGAAUGCGGAUGCCAUGUUGAAGAGGAUCAUGAGGGAGGUUGACACCAACGGCGACGGAAAGAUUCAAUAUGAAGCCGCUGCCGCUUGGAGGCGCUACAAACACAAGCUACGGCUACUAACGGGAUUCUUUCUGCUUGGGUUCGCAGAGUUUCGAGUUUUUGUGCAAAAGGCGGAGAGUCAACUCUACGACUUGUUCAGAUCCAUCGAUCGCGACGGCAAUGGCAAGCUGGAUAAGACAGAGCUCCAGGCGGCGUUCAAGGCUGCGGGAUUGACCGUAUCGAACCGCAGGCUGCAUGACUUCUUCAGCGACAUGGACUUGAACAACGACGGAUACGUCAGUUUCGACGAAUGGCGGAACUUUUUGCUUUUCAUGCCUGGGAACCAGGAUGCGUCUCAUUUGCAGGCCGUGCUGUCCUUUUAUUACUCGGUGGUUAAUGUCACGCCGGAGGGAGACUCGCUCGUGAGUGGGGAAACACUGGAAGGCUUAGGUAGGGCCGGCUCUAGCUCUUUUCUUAAUAUUCUCUUUGGCUCUCUCCUACGAGUUGCCUUUCCCUCCUAUCCGAGGGCGCCCCCAGAGCUUCCAUCACCUCCUCCGCCAUCUCCUGCGCAAGCUGCUGGGACAGUCGAGCCGGAGGUCCAAGUGCCGUUACAACAUGCAAGAGGAAGUUUUGUGGACGCGACGGCGCAUGCGUCUGCUGCUAUCGGGAUUUCAGAAGAAGUCGAGCAAGGCCCGGCAGGGGCAGGUGCUACUCCACAGAUCGACGGCGAUGGCACCUCAAUCGAGCACCGUGAAGAGUCCUCUACCGCUACCGGAGCUGCACCGACCAAGAAGAAGUUUAGACUGACAGACUUUGCUCCCCAUCCAGGUUACUUCCUUGCGGGUGCCAUCGCCGGUGGAGUGUCGCGGACGGCCACGGCUCCGCUCGACCGAUUGAAGGUCUACUUGCUCGUCAACACCAACAGCGGUGCCGAGACGGCCGUGGGAGCGCUGAAGCAAGGCCGUAUCGUUGAUGCGCUUAGAAACGCGGCGAGGCCCUUUAGCGAUGCUGUCAAGGACUUGUAUCGAUCGGGCGGGUUGCGCAGCUUUUUUGCUGGCAACGGGUUGAAUGUUGUGAAAAUCAUGCCGGAGACGGCCAUCAAGUUCGGAUCGUACGAAGCGGCCAAGCGUGCGUUGGCGAAUUUCGAGGGCCAUGGGGAUGCCAGGAACAUAAAUUCGUACUCGAAAUUUGUUGCUGGCGGUUUGGCCGGAAUGGUUGCCCAAUUCUGCGUCUAUCCCCUUGAUACCCUCAAAUUUCGACUUCAGUGCGAGACGGUCAAAGACGGCCUUACGGGGAGUGCCCUCGUUCGACAGACGGCCACGAAAAUGUAUGCGGAUGGCGGCCUGCGAGCCUGCUACCGAGGUGUCACCAUGGGAUUGAUUGGCAUGUUCCCGUACAGUGCCAUCGACAUGGGCAUGUUUGAAUUCCUCAAGAAUACUUACCGCAUCCGUUACGCAAAAUAUGCGGGCUGCCACGAAGACGACGCCGAGCCUGGCAACAUCGCCACGGGCAUCAUCGGCGCAACAUCCGGAGCCUUUGGAGCGUCGGUUGUCUACCCGUUGAACGUGGUUCGGACACGGUUACAAACGCAAGGCACCGUGAUGCACCCCCAAACCUACACGGGAAUCUGGGACGUCACACAGAAGACGAUCCAGCACGAAGGGGUCCGAGGUCUCUACAAGGGCCUGACGCCAAAUCUGCUCAAAGUCGCCCCUGCGUUGAGCAUAACGUGGGUGGUGUACGAAAACGCAAAACGCUUUCUCGCAUUGCACUGA